AUGCUGGACAUCGUUGAAAAGGGUCCUUAUGUUCCAAUGUAUCAGCCUCUUACAAACAAUGUUCCUGAUGGCACUAUGAAGAAAACUCCAAAAGAAAACUGGACGGUAGACGACAAGAGAAAACAUGGUUUGGAUGUUCGUGCUCGUGCCGCUAUUAGCUACUCAUUGCCAUACAACAUCUUUGUGCUGCUUUGUUCUCCAACAAAAAAGCUUGUGGCAGACUCAGACACUGAAAGUGACUCAGACACUGAUUCAUCUAAAACUGACACUGAUGAUAUUGAAAAGGUUGUUGCUAGUGCAGCCUUGAUUGUGAAGACCUUUGAAAAAUCAGGUCGAAACUUCUCAAAGUUUCAAAAGAAGAUUGGUGGAAAGUUCUCAAAAGGGUCAGGAGCUGAUAAAAAGCAUGUUGUUGAUAAGAAAGAGAAGGCUCAACCAACUCCUCUAACCGAGAAUAUUAUUGCUUUUCCCAUCUCUAAUGGAGUGUUUCAUGCUGUUCAUGAACAACUCAAGCACUUCCCUGAUUGCAAUCCAUCUGAGAAUAAGUCAAAAUCAGACACUGAUAGUUCAUCUCCUAACACUGAUCAAAUUCUUUCUGACACUGAUCUCAGUCGUGACUCAGUGAUUAACAAAAGGACUGAAAGCUCUAUUGAGCUUCUCUCUUGUCCAUUCGAUGAAGCUCCUUCUGCUGAAGAUAAGAUUGAUUCCUCUGAUCCUAUCAUUCCAGUUCCAUGUUCCUUGAAUCAAGAUAUUGCAGCCACAUCCGCAGAUGAUUCAUUAGGUGCUAAUGAAACUCUUGAAGCUGAAGAUUCUCCUGAAACUGAUAAUGUGUCAGUAUCUAUUCCUCCGGAAUCAGCAUCAGUCAUUCUCUUUAAGAUGCUGAUUGGAUCAAGGCCAUGCAAGAAGAACUGA